AUGUUAAAAAUCUUACCUGAAGACUAUCGGCCAUAUUUAGAAUAUCUACCAGAUUUACAACUAUGUAUCAAUAUAAUUAUGACUUUUACGCCAUUAUUUUCAUAUGGAUCAACAUGUUAUAGUAUACAAAAACGACAAACAUCAGUAGGGUUUUCAAUUGAUAUAUGUUGUACUAUGUUUAUGGCAGCUAUAUUACGUAUUUAUUAUUAUAUUUGUUCCCCUUAUGAACCAACAUUAUUACGACAAUCAAUAGUAAUGAUAUUUAUUCAAAGUAUAUUAUUAAAAAUUUCAUUAAAAUAUAGACCAAAUAAUUAUGAUCCUGAAUUAUUAAAUCCAUUACCUGUUUUUGAAAAUGAAUUAAAUUUAAGAAUUCCAAGAAGAUUAAGUAGUGCAACUUUAGAACAUGAACUGUAUUGGAGAGGUGAUUGGAUUAAUUCAAUGGAAUUAUUAUCAUUAGAUACUUUAAAAUAUAUUUGGGGAUAUUUUAUAACUUAUUUCAAUCAAGGUUUAAGAUUUUUUGAUGUUUAUUAUAAAAGACCUUUUAAUUUUUGGCAAUGGAAAUAUGAACGUAAUUAUUGGUUAUUUAUAACUUGGUUUAUUGGGAUUUUUGGGAUAUUAACAAUUUUUUUAAAAGAUAAUUUAAUUUAUACAAAUAUUAUUGGAAUGUUGGGUUUAUUUAUUGAAAGUUUAUUACCAUUACCUCAAAUUUUAUUAUUAAAUAGAUUACAACUGGUUAAAAAUUUCAAAAUCAUAUUGUUAUUAAGUUGGUUAUGUGGUGAUUGUACUAAAAUUUCAUAUUUAUUAUAUGGUGCUCAAAAUAUUCUGAUAAUUUUCUUAAUUGCUGGAUUAUUUCAAAUGAGUUUAGAUUUUUAUAUUGCAUAUCAAUAUUUGAAAUUUAAAUAUUUGGAUGAUUAUCAAACAAAUAAAGAAGUGGGAUUUGUUGAAUCACUGGAUAGACGUAAUCAACUGAUUAGUGAAAUCGUUCAACAAAUGAUAACACCAUCUUCUUCAGAAAUAGAAAUGGACGAUUUCACAGAGAAACAUACAGAUUCAAUCGGUAAUAAAAUUAGAUCAUCUCGAUCUAGAUCACGAUCUGGUUCAAUGAUCGUUUAA